AAGCCCUCCUCCUUAGGAGGGAUUUAAGGGGCUUUCUAUGGCUGUAGACUACAAGGACAAAUAGCACCCCCAAGCCCCAGAGCUCGGGUAUGAAGCUCCUCGCUCCGCCGGGGCUCAUGGGGAGAAGAUGGAAGGAGAAAUUGCAGUCUAAAGCCGAUGAGCUGAGCUGAAGGCACUGCUCCAUCCUUCCCACCACAGGCAAAAAAAUGUGAUCAGAGGAGCCGACCAGCUGAGCAGCCCGCCAGCUCCUGCAUCCUGCUCCUGCUGCCUCGCGUCUCCUCUUCUCUCCCUUUGCCUCCUGCGAGAGCAAGCCUUUCAUUUGCAACCUCGACUCCCGACAAUCCCUGUCAAUAAAUGAGGGAGCAUAAUGCUGAACAGCAUCACCGAGGGGUUCCUCUGCUGCCUGAUGGGCAAAACGACCAACGCCGUGGGGCCGCUGGACAGCGUUGAGUCCAGCAAUGGCUACAGCUUCCUGGAGGUGAAGCCAGGCAGGAUCCUGCGGGUGCGACACAGCGCUCCGAGCCGCCCGCCUGCUGAGCCCCCCGAGGAGCCCGGGGCUGCAGAGAGAGGCACGGUGCACUGCAAGCGCAGGAUCACGCUGUACCGCAACGGGCAGCUGGUGAUCGAGAACCUGGGGGACGCCGUGCGCUCCGAAAUCCUGCACUGCUCCAACGGCUCGGCCGAGCCCAGCAGCACCGUGGAGCUGGAGCUGUCGGAGCUGGCUGGCCAAGGCCCGGUGCAGGGCUCUGCCAGCACGCCGGGAUCUGGUGCACGAGAUGCCGCGGCCGGCAAGCGUCGGAAGCGUAAGCCCAAGAAAGUCAUCAACAUCGACUGCAAGAAGCAGAUCACGAGCUGCAAAGGGACCCACGGUGACGUGGUCCUGUUCUUCAUCCACGGCGUGGGCGGCUCGCUGGAUAUCUGGAAGGAGCAGCUGGACUUCUUCACCAAGCUGGGCUACGAGGUGGUGGCUCCUGACCUGGCCGGCCACGGCUGCAGCUCAGCCCCGCAGAUCGCUGCUGCCUACACCUUCUAUGCGCUGGCUGAGGACAUGAGGGCCGUCUUCAAGCGCUACGCCAAGAAGAGGAACAUCCUGAUAGGGCACUCGUAUGGGGUCUCCUUCUGCACCUUCCUAGCCCACGAGUAUCCCGACCUGGUGCAUAAAGUGAUCAUGAUCAACGGAGGGGGCCCGACGGCGCUGGAGCCCAGCCUGUGCUCCAUCUUCAACAUGCCCACCUGCGUGCUGCACUGCCUGUCCCCAUGCCUGGCCUGGAGCUUCCUCAAGGCUGGCUUUGCCCGCCAGGGUGCCAAAGAGAAGCAGCUGCUGAAGGAAGGCAACGCUUUCAACGUCUCCUCCUUCGUGCUGCGUGCUAUGAUGAGCGGGCAGUACUGGCCAGAGGGUGACGAGGUGUACCACGCCGAGCUGGCCGUGCCAGUGCUGCUGGUGCACGGCAUGCACGACAAGUUUGUGCCGGUGGAGGAGGACCAGCGCAUGGCAGAGAUCCUGCUGAUCGCUUUCCUGAAGGUGAUCGACGAGGGCAGCCACAUGGUGAUGAUGGAGUGCCCUGAGACCGUGAACACCCUGCUCCACGAAUUCGUCCUGUGGGAGCCCGAAACGCCAGCUGGGGACGGGCAAGGAGAGAAGAAAUAAGGUGGAGGGGACGCGGUGACCGGGCUGCUCCGAUGGGAGAGAUGCUGGGGAGCACGGAGGGGUUUGUGGGCGCAGCGGGGCGCAGCCGGCCUUGCCAGGCAUGGAGCUGGUUUUGUUCCCGGGCCGCGGGCGGGCAGAGGAGCACGGAGGCUCCCCCCGGGCACGGGCGUGCAGGGCCGGCGUUGGGAACACGGCAGACCCGGUCCUGUGGCAGCCGCUGGAGCGCCUUCAUCCUGUUUUGUUGUAGUAUUCUAUUCUUCACGCAGUGACCCCUCGGGGGCAGAGCGAGGACGCUGUGGGGACACCGCUCCCAGAGCGGAGGUGGUGACCUCCUGCAGGGGGUGACCCUGGCAUCUGGCAGCACGGAGCUGAGUCGGGAUUGCUUUAGGGGAAGCCAAGUGGGAUUUGCCUUUCUAAGCUGUGGUGGGGGCCGAUGAGGCCAGAGCUGAGCUCUCCCCCAGUGCCACCGUUCGUGCAGUCGUGUCCCCAUACAAACCACUGCUUCAGGUCCUGCAGCUCCGGAUUCUGCUCAGCCCCCGUCCCACUGCGCCGGGGCUCCUGGGUGGGCACGGCUGCUCCCCUGCCCCUGACCCUCACAUGGGGAUGGCUGCAGCCUCCCCUCACCGCAAAGAGCAGAGCCGCUCCCCUCUUUGUUUUCUCCCCUUAUUUCCCCCAUCUAAACCAAAGACACAGCCAGGCCUGCUUGCCCAAUGGAACCUCGUCCCCUGGGUGGGUGCAAAACCCUUCUCGUCCCCUUGGGCCCCCAAAACCGUGCAAUGAAGAGGAGCUGGUGCCAGCGCAGCAGGGACCACGUGUGACAGGUGCCAUACGUAACCCACCCCCCACCCCCUCUCCUGGCACCAACCCACGCCCACCCUGCAGAAUUUUAACCACAAACACGUGGGUUCGGAUGCAUUUCCACGCACCAAGCCCAGAUCACGGCUCUGCUCCCCUGUACCCCCAGCCCAGGAGCUGCCAUCGGCACCGGGUUGCAGCUCCCACCCAUCAGGCUGCGCCGCUCGCUCCAUCGCUUGCACAAAGGCAGAACCCGCACCACGAUGUAAAGCCGUGUUGUAUCUACAGCCACGUCCAACUCCACCACGGGGACGCAAAGCAGGCGCGGCUCUGAGCUGUUGCAGCCAUUUACUCAUCACCACUUAGGGGUAG